UUUAUAAUAAGAAAUGGAGAGUUCAGCCAGCCAGAUGGACACAGACAAUACUCAAGCCCAAGAAAGGGAAAAAUUGAUUUUGACUGAAGACAACACAGUUGAUAAAAUUUUGAGAAACAAUUAUUAUUUUAAUUGUCUUUCGGAGAAAUUUAUCUACGAAGAUUCAGAGAGCGAGAAUUCUGAUGAUGAGCAAUACUAUACUGAAUAUGAUCCAUUCCUUUAUAUGAAUUUUGAAAAGCAAAAAGAUCGAAAUUAUUUUAAGAAAGCUAACUUCAUCAGCCCUUUUAUUUUGCAUGUUUUAGAAUUACAAAAAAUAAAAAUUAAGAGUAAAACUAUGAUCAAUUUCCAUAAUUAUUCAUUUCCUUUGAAGAUCAGCAAUGUAACAAUUAAAGGUGACACAGGUUGCACUUCAAUUAUUUCUUCCACUUUCAAUGCAAUUAUGAGAAUAAGCCCAAGAGUAUUGGAGAGAGUUAAGAUUUCUUCUUUCAAAAUCAGUGCUAAUCAGUUUAAAAGACUCAUAGUUUCAUAUAAGCAUGUUCAAAGACUAGAACUCAGUUGUUGUAAGAUUCUAGUUCCAGAAGUCUUUGACCUUUCCCAGCUGUUGAAAAAUACACAGAUUGAGGAGCUUGAUUUUUCUUGGUCAGGAGACUCUGAACAUUCUGAUUGGGAGAACAACCCUCAAGAAUAUAUUAAUCUUAUCCAAGGGCUAGCUACUUCUCCUGAUUUAAAGCUCAGUCUUGGAACAAUAAUAACAAUCAGUUGUGGAAUUGAAAAUAUGGAAAUGAGAGAAAUUCUGGAUCAGAAUAAAUUCAAUAAUACCGACCUGAGCGAUUAAAAUUUGCCAUCACUCUUCAUGCUCAUCACUCCCUAAUACAAUUCCAAAAUUAUAACCUUUCCUACCCCCAUUACCAAAACUCAACAUUUCUAUAU